AUUGGGCAAGUACGAAUCGAUCGCCGGAACAGUGAGAACGUGAAAGUCUACGAAAAGUAUUAGAAAAAUGCAAGCCAAGUUGUGUGUUGUCCUUCUGGCCAUCGGCCUUAGCCAGAUUCUGGCCCUGCCAUCUCCCUCGCUGCAGCUCAACCACCCGAGCACCGACCUCCUGCAGUUCCUCAUGCAAUCCCGGGACCUCGCCAACGACGGCGACCACUCCAUCGAGUGCUUGGGCUACUACAUUCCCCUGAUCAACGCAGAGGUGACCACCUAUGAAACCGAAUUCAAGGCCUGCUUGGAGGAGGCUGCUCUGGAGGUGUCCCAAAUCAACGACAAGACCAAGGAGGAACGCGAUGCCAUCGACGCCUCCGCCCUGAGCUCCUGUGAGGCCCUCAAUGUCUGCAAAGCAAAAGAAGCCGCCGAGGAAUACUUCGAGUGCUACAGCCAAGCCGGCUCAGAAAACACGAAGUCUAUGUUCACCAUCUCUGCUAACGCCUCCGAAUUGCUGGCUCUUGUCAGGGAGGAAGUGCGUCUUAUUCAGGUCAAUGAGUAUGUGUGCACCAACAAGACCCAGAGGGCCUACGCCGAAAACUCUGCUAGUCUCUACGACCAGUUGACCCUCUGCAUUGGUGGUGCUCCCAUUCCGUCGGCAACCACGGAAGCCCCAGUCACGGAAUCCUCGACUGAUUCCUCUACUGUAGAAGAAUCUUCGACUGAUUCCUCCUCAUCUGCUGCCCCAGAAUCUUCGACUGAUUCCUCAUCUACUGAGCCAGAAUCUUCGACUGAUUCGUCGUCUUCUGCCGCUCCAGAAUCUUCAACAGACUCUUCAUCAACGGAGCCAGAGUCCUCGACUGAUUCCUCAUCUGCUACACCAGAAUCCUCGACUGAUUCGUCGUCUGCUGCAUCUGAAUCUUCGACAGACUCUUCAACUGUGGACCCAGAAUCCUCGACUGAAUCCUCAUCUGCUGCCCCAGAAUCAUCGACCAGUUCUGGAGAUGACAAGGAAGCAGCUCCCGAGGAGGACUUGAAAUCGCUGUCUAGUCGCAACAACAAGGACAUUCAGCGCGUUCUGAAGAGCCUGCAGGCCUGGUUCCAGACCCGCUAAGAUAUUGUGGUUAAAAAUCAUCUAAAUAUAAUCAAAGCAAACAAAAUAAAUUUACAAAACUUAA